AUGUCGUCGUCCCUCAAGGUCCGCGCCUCUGAGCUCCAGAGCAAGAAGCGUGACGAGCUUCUCAAGCAGCUCGAGGAGCUCAAGACGGAGCUCGUCUCGCUCCGUGUCCAGAAGGUCACGGGCGGCAACGCCUCCAAGUUGGCAAAGAUCUCGGUCGUCCGCAAGUCGAUCGCCCGCGUCUUGACCGUCAUCAACGCCAAGACCCGCCAGAACCUCCGCGAGCUCUACAAGGGCAAGCGCCUCCCCCUCGACAUGCGCGCCAAGAAGACCCGCGCGAUCCGCCGCCGCUUGACCCGCCACGAGCGCACCCAGACCACCGAGAGGCAGCACAAGAAGCAGGUUCACUUCCCCAAGCGCCAGUUCCUCGUCAAGGCCUAA